AUGGCCGAGGACCCAGUUACGCCCACUGAACGGCGGGACAGCUCGUCCCCCUCAUCUGCCCAUCCGAGUCAGCAGCCAAAAAAACGCACAAGGGCCAGCAAACCAAAGAAGCCUGCGUGUGUGCGCUGUACGUCGACGGGACGCACCUGUGAUGGCUAUGACAAGUCGGUAGUGCCCUCGAGGUACCGGUCCGUCGGCGUCGGCAGCAGUAGCAGCACCGCCGAGCAGGCCCAGGUCGAGUUCGUCCGGGCGUGCCAGUGGAGCGAGGCGCUGCGGUCGAUGCGGCCGCUCGCGGCGGACAUCGACGGGACCGAGAUCGAGAAGCGCUUCUUCCACGGCUUCCGGACGGCCAAGAUCGACGGCCUGGCCGAACAUGUCUGCACGUUCGCCGACUUCUGGAACCGCCUGGCUGUCUCGCCCGACACGAGCACCCACCACCAGGAUGACGCUGUCAAGCACGCUCUUGUCGCCGUUGGGGCCGCCUUCACACUCUUUCAGAGUCCGAGCAACCCGGUGCCCGUCGAAGGCUUUACUCGCGACAGCCUGGACGUCUUCAUUAUCCAACAAUACAACAAGUCCAUCUCCAAACUGCAGCGCCACGUCGGCUCGGCAAGCACUGCUAGCAUCCAGAUUACGCUGCUGUGCUGCCUGGCCUUCAUCUGUCUCGAGACAUUGCGCGCCAACCACACCGUGGCCGUCACACACCUCAUCAACGGGCUCAAGAUUCUCGAGAGCCUCCCGGCCUCUGCCUUUGACUUUCUUGCUGACCGCAACGCCGGUGUCAUGACAUUCGGUCGCCAGUCUGCGACGCGCAAGGACGCGCCCUUUGACAUGACAGACAUCAUCCAACUUUUUGGCCGGCUGGAAGUCUCUGCCUGCUUCUUCACCACCGGUAUCCGGCCCGUCGUCGCAGAGCGCGGAUAUGCCUAUCGACUUCUCGACGAUGGUUCUGAUGAGUUGCCAUUUGCCAAUGUCCUCGAGCUCGACCAAGCCAUCCGCCGGUUCCAACGUGAUGCCAUGGCGCGACUUCACCAA